UCUUAGUUCCAUUAUUUACUAGUUUUGUACUUUCAGCAAAUAUAUAAGCUUUCUGUCUUUGUUUCCUCUGUGAAAUUGGGAUAUAGCUUUAGAUUUAAGGUAAGUAGUAUAUAUAGAACAUUUAGAAUGACCAUCAUGUAGUAGUUACUCAACAGAUGCUAAUUAUCAUUAUAUCAUUAAAAAUGCUCAGUUUAGUAUUUAAUGUUAUAGAUAUACCAUAAUUUAUCCAUUCUUUUAUUGAUGAUCAUUUAUUUUAUUUCUCAUUAUUCAUUGUUAUGAAACAUACUAAUUACCAUAUUGUUCUCUUGUACUUAAAAAAUUAGAACUGUCUCUACCUUUACUUGCAUGAAGAAAGCUAUUGCUGUUAAUAUUUUCUCACUCUGUUUGUCAUUCGAAACUUGAGUAAACACUUUCAAGAUCCUCUUUUGGAUCAUUACCAUACCACACAUUCGAUCAGCCCACUCCAUUUUCCUAUUAGUUUGCUUAAGUACUAGAGUAUGAGUGGAAAGCAGAACCAUUCUGUGUGGUUAAAGCUAUCUUUCUGAGGAGUAAGCAAAAGCUGAGAAUCAAAGAAGCCAAAGGGACUUUUUCUGUGUUUGGACUGUUGGAAUUUCAGGGACGAAUCUUUAGAUAUCCUGACAUUUGGAAAAGGAAUAUACUACAGUGUUCCUUUUAGAAAACUUGUCUAGUAAAAUGCUUGGAGAAGCCUUCCUAAUUGAUCUCCUAUACAAAGAACAGAAAUAUACAAAACUUUGCAAACCAUUCACAUGUAAGACCUCAAAUGAUGAACAGGAAACUUGGAAAAAGAAGCUUUUAAAUAUAGAAGAGAAUUCACUUUUCCCUGCUAAGAUGGAAAAUCAAGAAAAAGAUAUGAAAGAAAGUUUAACAGAACAAAGUAAUAAUACAAAUCAAAUAAAAUCCGUGGAUGAGAUAACUGUAACAAAAUGCAAAGGUAUACCUCUUCCAGGAAAUGUGUCCAUUGCAUUGCCCAUUCCAAAGAGAGAACAACAAGAUGAAAGACAACUGGAUUUAUAUAGAUCCUGGUCAUGCACAAGUAUUUGCCAUAAUUAUCCUGACCUACAGAUCGGAGGUGACCACGUGGGAAACAUGUAUGAUUCAGGCUGCUUUGUGGAACACACACAUGAUGAUGUUUCUAAUGGUCCUCUUUUACUUUCAGUGAAUAUGUCAUUGGGUCAUUCUCCUACCAUUGAGCCUCUAGAGAAACUACCUGCCUCCAAGUUAUUGAGUGCAGAUGAAAUCCAGGAAAAAAGUAUGUUGUUUCAAAAACAGCCCCUCUCUAAUUCCAUGCUUAAUAGUUAUAUGGAAAAAAAAGUGGACGAACUCUACAAGCAAUUUUUGGAAGAAAAUCUCACCAAGUGCCUCUCCAUAACCAAUCUUAUGGCUUCCAAUCUGCUAAUGAACAAUGUAAAUCAGAUUAGCCUCCAAAUCUCUCAAGACCAGAACAUAGAGGUGUCAAAAGCUCGAGAAGCUCUUCUGCAUUCUUUAGCACGAUGUAAUCUCCACAAUGUUUCCCAUGGAAACAGUUCUGAAUUCAGCACUCCUAACUUACAAAUAUCAAACCAGACAAGUAGGGAACUUGUAUCGCAUAUACAGUAGGAACCAACUGUAGAUUGUUUGGACUGACUAAAGAGACUGCGGUAACAACAGUCUUCUCUGUGUUAUCAUGUCACAUCAGGUCUUCUUUGGAGUGUGGUUGUUAUACCUUUUUAGAAGUAAUUUGACCCAUGUUACAUCUGAAUUCUUGUAGGAGACAACUAUAAUAACUAAAUCUUAUGACCAGAUUUUCUUAUUGUUUUGACAUAUUUAGUAGUUUCCACAUUCAAGUUUGUAUGUGCUUACCUAUCUCAUUGCCACUGCACCCCAAAUUGAUUACCUCACUGUCACUUAGCUUUAUUUACCACAAAAGUAGGAUGAGGAAUGGAUUGUUGCUUUAAGCUACUGAAAGGACCACUGGUAGAUAUAUCAGAGAGGGGUAUUUAUUUCUCCAAAAAGUGCUUUUGACUGACAAUCAUAAUAGUCUAGGGGAAAUUAUUAUAAUUAGAUGCAGAUUUAGAUAUCUAUAUCUAUAUAUAUCUCAAGAUUAGGUGUGAGGGCAUAUACAAGGAAAUGCUUAAACAAAGUUGGAUUUUAAUGAUGUUUGAAAAAAAUGUGGAGGGGGGGCUUAAGGAAAAGUGGAAAAUUUGCCAGUGCUAUUUGUAUUGAAACUUGGUGCUUUUGAACUUUCCUGGGACAAGCACCAACUUUUUUAUAUCAUUAUGUUAUGCCUGAUUGUUUUCAGGAAUGAGAGGAAGGAAACCAUACAGGUAGAGUGAAAAAAGUGCAUAGAGAACCACUAUUGAUAAAUGAAGAGGCUCUCUCUCCAACUUUUUACACUUCUCGGAUUAUCCUCAAUCAUGAUCCUGGCUUAGAAUAAAAGUCUGCAGGGUACCUAAUUGUAUGGUUUAUUGCAGGCUUAAGAAAAGGACCCAAUAUAUAACAGCUCAUAACUCUAGAAAUGGUAAAAUGAUUGGCAUGCGCUUGUGUUUGUAAAAUGAAAUGGUAUAAAUUUCUCUUAUAAAGUUGUUAUGAUUGCAUUAUAUAUUAAUAAGAUUUGUCCAUUAGUAAUCACAUAUUACCCCCCGAUUAUCUUUGUGGUAUUUGAUUAAACUUUAUAGAAUGAGUCACAUUCUAUAGAAUGAGUCACAUUCACAUCAAUUUCCUCACAUCUUGAUCCUUUUGGUCAUACAAUCCUUAGUUUAUUUUUUCCCUCUUCAAAGUUCUAUGAUCUAAUAAAGUACCCCUGAUUUACCUUCUGUUGUUCUCUUUAUCAUGCUCUUCUUCACCAUCCUUUUCCAUAAUGCUCUAAAUCAAUUUUUAUCAUUUAGACAUUUAAUUCUGAAGAGAUAAUGGUUAAGGGUUUCAGAAAAAUUGACUUAACAUCUUAUAGAUACUGAAAAAUAGCUGUUUGUAGAUUGUCUUUUAUAUUGUUACAUUUCUACAUGUAAUAAAAGUUACUAAAAUGACAAAAUAUUUAUGUUAAACUUUACUAAAGUGAAUUAAAUGAUACUGUUCAGCAUUACUAGUGUGAAUAGUUUUCUUAGAAACAGUGAUAUGUAUUAAUACUUUAUGAAGCAGAUAUAUUCAUAGUGUUAACACUACAUAGGAUUAUAUAAAAAGCCACAGUAUUUAGUGCAUAUAAAAUUUAGAAAUGCAUUUAGUUAUAAUCUCAGAUUUUAAAUUUCCUCCUCUUGUCUAUGUUAUCAAACUUCUUAUUAUCUAAAGAUACUUUUGGCUAAAAGGAUCUAAACAUUUAUUGUAAUACUUAAAUAAGGAAUGAUGAUGAAUUUGAUGUUCUGUUGUAUCCUGAUUUUAUACCUACUGACUUCACUGCUUGAAUGAAAUAUGCAUAUGAGGUUGUGAUUUAGCAUGGUUUGGUUUUAAGCAGUCACUCCUCAUUCCAUUUUUCCCAUGGGUAUCACUUAUAUGACCAUACUAUUCCCUUUCAAAUGUAUAGAAUAAUAAAUUUCUUUCUGUCUCACUUUUGUGGGAAUUGAAAAUAUUAGUUUCAUGUUUCUAUAAAAGUGUGGAAUGUUAGUGAUUCAGCAGGUGGAGAGGAUCAUGUUUCUUAUCAGGUAAUAAAUCAAGGAGUUUAAGUAUGAUGCUGAAUACAAUGCUGCCCACUCACCCACUACCUAUAUAGGUCAGUUUAAUUUAUAUCCCAUCUUUGGAUUUCAGGUCACUGUUGUAGGGCCCAGAGUAGGUUUGACCCAGUCUCAGGUAAUUUUCUGUCAGGAGUGUCCUCGAAACAUUAAAACCUAUUCAAAGGAUGGAAUCUAUGCUGGACUCCUGAAAUUCUUGAGCUCAAUGUGUCUCAUGUGUUGGUUCCCAAAAGAAGCCAGUCUCCCUGAGGUUCUUAAGACUGGAGCUAACACAGAAAUGGUCCAUUCAAGAUUGUAAGCAGAUUUUUUGGAAGUGAAGA